CUGUGAUUUCGCUCCGAGAAAUGGCAGAAACCGCUCCAGCAGCCGCCGCUCCGCCGGCCAAAGCGCCCAAGAAGAAGUCCGCCGCCAAAGCCAAGAAAGCAGGUCCCGGCGUCAGUGAGCUGAUCCUCAAAGCCGUGUCCGCGUCCAAGGAGAGGAGCGGAGUGUCCCUCGCCGCCCUGAAGAAAGCUCUCGCCGCCGGCGGCUACGACGUGGAGAAGAACAACUCCCGCGUCAAGCUCGCCCUCAAGAGCCUGGUGACUAAAGGCGCCCUGCUGCAGGUCAAAGGGACUGGCGCCUCCGGCUCCUUCAAGAUCAGCAAGAAGCAGACCGAGACCAAGAAGAAAGCGGCUCCUAAAGCCAAGAAGCCCGCGGCCAAGAAACCCGCUGCUGCCAAGAAGCCCAAGAGCGCAGCUGCAAAGAAGCCCGCCGCUAAGAAAUCCCCCAAGAAGGCCAAGAAACCCGCCGCCGCUAAGAAGGCCACAAAGAGCCCCAAGAAGGCCACGAAGAGCCCCAAGAAAGCGAAGAAGCCCGCGGCGCCCAAGAAAGCAGCCAAGAGCCCCAAAAAGGCCAAGACCGCCAAACCCAAGACGGCAAAGCCUAAAGCUGCCAAGCCUAAAAAGGCAGCUCCCAAGAAGAAAUAAAUCUCUUCUGUUUUCUUCCCCAACGGCUCUUUUCAGAGCCACCCACAAACUCGAAAGGAAGAGCAAACAAACUUAAACUAUUAGUGGAAGUAUAUUAUAAUAAGGCUUGAGUUUACAUCGAAUCAUGUUUUAUAUGUUGAAUGCACUUGUAGAACAAAAAAGUUGUAUUCACGUCUAUUAAUGGAUCAGCAAUCUUUAUUUAAUUAAUAUAAAAAACAAUAUUUACUAAUGUGUGUGUGUAUAUAUAUAUAUAUAUAUAUAGUUUUAUAUACUCUCGAUUGUCUCUAGAAUCUUGUGUUCAAGUGAAAGUCACUUAAUUGUUGAUCCCAAAGGAGCACAAACCCACUGUUACUUUUAUGUGAAAUGUUUUUUACCUGGAGUGACCUGCUCAACUCAAUCCCAAUAGCUGAGUAAUUAGCCAUCUUCAAGAAACACAUCUCUUCCAUCUUAAUAUGACCCUCUAACUUUAACACGCUUGUCCCUUUUAGACUUGUACUACGUUAAUUUGCU